GUUUGCGUUUCAGUUUCGACCGGACGAAAUACAAUGACGAACGAUGGAUCCCUGUGUGGGAAGUGUCUUGAAAGCUGUCAGAAGGAGUAAAGAGGAUAAGAAAGUUCUCCGAAAGCAAAUUAAAGCGAGCCACACGUUACUUAAACAUGAAGGUAUCGCCACGUCAACGCAGCCCACGAAGAGUCUGGUGGUGGCUAAUGGUGGCCUGGGGAACGGCGUCAGACGAGAGGAACUUUCUACAGUCCUGAAAGAGAUGGGCGAGGUAGAGGCCUUGGUGAUGCCUCCUUACAAACCUUAUGCCUUUGUCACAUACAGGUCUGAAGAAAGUGCUCGAGAGGCUGUCACUCAGCUUAAUGGACUUAAGCUUCAUUGUGAAGAGAACAACGUCACACUUUACCUGAGUUAUGUAACUUCAGUAACGAGUGAGGAGGAAACAUCUGUAGUUCUGCCUGAGGGGUUGAUCUUGGUGGAGGACUUUGUGACGCCAGAGGAAGAGGCUUUGUUGCUGGCUGCUGUAGACUGGUCAUCAUCCACUGAUGAUGUCACUGCUGAAAAGGCCCUGAAGCACCGAAGAGUCAAACAUUAUGGAUUUGAGUUUCGCUAUGACAACAACAAUGUGGACAAGGAUAAGCCUUUAGCUGCAGGUCUUCCUGAACCGUGUCUACCUGUCCUGAAGCGAUGUCUGAAUAACAGAUACAUUGACAUCAUGCCAGACCAGCUGACUGUCAAUCAAUACGAAGCCGGACAGGGUAUUCCUCCUCACGUGGACACGCACUCUGCUUUUGAGGAUACCAUUCUGUCCUUGAGCCUCGGGGCGCAGACGGUGAUGGAGUUCCGCAAUCCUGAUGGUCGUUUUGUUCCGGUGCUGUUGCCAGGACGCAGCCUCCUGGUUAUGAAGGGAGAGAGCAGAUACCUCUGGACUCAUGGAAUCACUCCUCGGAAGUUUGACAUGGUGCCAGCAGGUGACCAGCCACCUCCUGUUGGCAUAGCAGCUGAUGUCAGGGCCUGCAACAAUCUCACCUUAAGCAAGAGAGGCACUCGUACUUCCUUUACCUUCAGGAAGAUCAGACACGAGCCCUGCCGCUGUGCCUUUCCGUCUGCCUGUGACAGUCAAGGAUCUCCAUCCCCGCCCUCUCCUCCUUCACUUCCUUGUUGCCAUGACGAUGCGGCCCGCCUUGAAGAGGAGUACGUCCACCGGGUGUACGAUGCAAUCGCCUGCCACUUCAGCAGCACACGUCACUCCCCAUGGCCUCGUGUUUGCCACUUCCUGUCCGAGCUCCUGCCCGGCAGUGUGCUGGUUGAUGUGGGCUGUGGAAAUGGCAAAUACCUGGGUGUCAACCCAGAGGUGACAGCAAUCGGUUGUGAUCGUAGUAAAGCUCUUGUCCAAAUCUGCAUGGUGAGAGGGUUUCAGGUGUUUGUAUCUGAUGCUCUCAGUGUCCCCCUGCGAUCUGCAUCCUGUGAUGCCUGUAUCUCCAUAGCUGUGAUCCACCACUUUUCCACACAGGAACGACGUCUGGUAGCAGUGAGGGAGCUGGUGAGACUUUUGAAGCCCGGAGGUAAAGCACUCAUUUAUGUUUGGGCUUACGAGCAAGAGUACAACAAGCAAAAGUCCAAGUACCUCAAAGAGAAAAACAAAGAUCAUCACGAGAACCUCCACUCCACUGAUGACACAUUAGAGGAGAGGCAGGAGCCUCACGUGGAAUCUGUGGGUUGUAGAAGACACUUAGGAAACAGCCCUGUUGACAGCAUUCAAGAUGUGGACAAAGUGGCCGAUGGAAAACUAAGUGUGCACACCAACCGCACAGCCUUUAACACCCAGGAUCUUUUGGUUCCUUGGCAUCUGAAAGAAGGGAAGAGUCGAGAUGAGGUCAAACCACAGAAGAGUGGGAAGAAGAAAACAAACACAAAGAAAUCCAAACUUACUUCAGAUAACUCUGGUUUACCCUCUACCUUGGUAUCUGAAACGGAGUCAGACUGUGAUAGAAAAUCGAACCCAGAGUUUGACACAAACAUAUCGUCUCCGUCUGAUCUUGACAGCGCUGAGGCUCCUGUCCUUGGAUCAGAAUGUGACAGUGGCCCAAUGCCAGUCUUCCAUCGUUAUUAUCAUGUUUUCCAGCAGGGAGAGCUGGAGCAGCUGUGUGGUCAGGUGAUGGGGGCUAAAGUGCGGAGUAGCUACCAUGAUCAGGGAAACUGGUGUGUUAUAUUAGAGAAAGAAUAAAGAUAUCUAAAUACAUGUAUUUUUUAACAAAACCAUUUAUGAUUUUAUGCAAAAUAAAGGACUUUUAAAAAUAA